UCACCUGUCUGUUGCUCCAACAAGCUGCCCUGGGAGGGCCCAUUACUGUGGCCACGGCCAUCCACCAUCUGCUGCAGUCGCGGCACAUCCACCGAGGUGGAGAUGGACAUGGAGGGCGCCCUUAAUGCUAGGGAGCAGGUAGGUAUUCAAGACUUUGUUCUCCUGGAUGAGACCUCGGAAUUGGCAUUCCUCAACAAUCUUAAGAAACGCUUCAGCAAGGAUCUCAUUUAUACCUACAUUGGUACUUUACUGGUAUCUGUAAACCCCUAUAAGGAGUUGGAUAUCUACACUAAGAAACAGAUGGAUGUAUACAUGGGAGUGAACUUUUUUGAGCUUCCACCUCACAUCUACGCUCUUGCCGACAACGCCUACCACACCAUGCUGACUGAGUUCAGCAAUCACUUCAUCCUCAUCUCAGGAGAGAGCGGUGCGGGGAAGACGGAAGCCUCCAAAAAGAUUCUACAAUAUUAUGCAGUCAGCUGUCCAAGUACUGCUCUACUAAACACUGUCAGGGACAAGAUGCUCAUGUCCAACCCUGUCCUGGAGGCUUUUGGAAAUGCCAAAACACUGAAAAAUGACAACUCAAGUCGCUUUGGGAAGUAUAUGGACAUUCAGUUUGAUAGUGAGGGUGAUGCAGUGGGUGGCCACAUCCUGAACUACCUGCUUGAGAAGUCAAGGGUGGUGCAUCAGAACCAUGGAGAGAGAAACUUUCACAUUUUCUACCAGCUUCUGGAGGGGGGAGAAGAGGACCUGCUGCAGCAGCUGGGCCUGGAGAGAGACUGCCAGCAUUACAGCUACCUGACACAGGGAGAGUGUGCUGUUGUGCCUUCCAUCAAUGACAAAAAUGACUGGAAGACAGUCAAAAAUGCACUUCAAAUAAUUGACAUCGAUGCGAUCAACACUAGUCACUUGUUUGGGAUUGUUGCGAGCGUUCUUCACCUGGGCAAUAUUAAGUUUGAGCCUGACAGUAAAGGUCAUGCCACACUUAACAACAAAAAUGCAGAGUUGCGCUGGGUCUCAAAUCUUCUUGCAGUUGAUGCUCACAGUCUACAAGAAGGUCUAACAUACAGGAAGAUUGAAGCUAAAACAGACCAGGUGCUCAGUCCAUUUACCUUGGAUCACGCCAUCUAUGUGAGGGAUGCCUUGGCCAAGGCUAUAUAUGGACAUACCUUCACCUGGCUGGUUAACAGGAUAAAUGAGUCCAUGGAGAACACUGAUCCUUCCAGGAAAACAGUCAUUGGACUUUUAGACAUCUAUGGUUUUGAGGUUUUCAAUAUCAACAGUUUUGAGCAAUUCUGCAUAAACUACUGCAAUGAGAAGCUGCAACAACUUUUCAUCCAGCUCACACUCAAGGCAGAGCAGGAAGAAUACGAGGCGGAGGAUAUUGAAUGGGAACCGGUGCAGUUCUUCAAUAACAAGAUUAUCUGUGACCUCGUGGAGGAGAGACACAGGGGAAUUAUAUCAAUCCUGGAUGAGGAGUGCCUCAGGCCAGGAGAAGCUACAGACCUCACCUUCUUGGAGAGACUGGAGGACAAAAUGGGGAAUCACCCUCAUUUUGUCUCUCACAAGCUGGCAGACAAAAAAACACGAAGGACGCUGGAGAGAGGAGAUUUUCGUCUACUGCAUUAUGCUGGAGAGGUCACCUAUUGUGUUGUGGGAUUUUUGGACAAAAAUAACGACCUCCUAUAUAAAAAUAUUAAAGAUCUGAUAAGUCAAUCAAAAAACACCAUUGUCAGACAGUGCUUCUCGUGCACAGACCCAGACAGCAGGCGGAGACCAGAAACAGUGGCCACCCAAUUUAAGAGCAGCCUGCUGAAGCUGACAGAGAUCCUCGUAGCCAAAGAAGCAUGGUACAUUCGUUGCCUUAAAUCCAAUGAGUCCAGGAAACCAGGACAGUUUGAUGAAGCUCUGAUCAAACACCAGAUUAAAUAUUUGGGCCUGAUGCAGCAUUUGCGAGUCAGACGUGCUGGUUUUGCUUAUAGACGGAAGUACGAUGUCUUUUUACAGCGAUAUAAAGCUCUGUGCCCAGCCACUUGGCCGCAUUGGAGAGGAGAACCUGCUGACGGAGUGUUGGUGCUGGUUCAACAUCUGGGCUAUUUUCCAAAUGAGUACAAAAUGGGAAGGACCAAAAUAUUCAUCCGCCAUCCGAGAACCCUAUAUGCUACUGAGGAUGCUUUUGAAAAGUGUAAACAUCAACUAGCAUCAAGACUCCAGGCCAAAUACAAAGGCUACCGGGCAAAGGGCGAGUUCAGAAAACAGAAGGAGGCUGCAACAAAGAUUGAGACCUGCUGGAGAGGAGUGCAGGCAAGAAAGGAGCGAGACAAGAGAGCAUGGGCAGUCAAAGUCAUUAAGCAAUUUAUCAAAGGUUACAUGACCAGGGGGCAAGCAAAAGUCACGGAUAACUCGGAAUAUUUGGCCUUCGUGAGACAGAAUUACCUCAACAGGCUCAAAGAAAACUUGCCAAAGAACGUUUUGGAUAAAACCACGUGGCUAUCUCCACCACACGUGUUAGCUGAGACAUCAGAAAUACUUCGUAAACUGCACUACCGUCUCAUGGUGCGGAAAUACGUAAGAGGAAUCACACCCCAGAGAAAAACACAGCUUCAAAUGAAGUAUAUUGCCAGCUCGAUUUUCAAAGGGAAAAAGGAAAGUUAUCCUCAAAGUGUCGCCCAACCUUUUGCGGACACAAGAAUCAGCGAUGAAGACAUUAAUGUGAGGGUCCUGCAAAUGAUUCGUAAUGAGCAAAUCAAGUACAGCGUUCCGAUGAUUAAAUACGACAGGAAUGGUUUCAAAACCAGGCCCAGACAGCUCAUUCUCACGCGGACGGCAGCCUAUAUGGUUGAGGACACAAGGAUCAAACAAAGGAUUGCUUACAUCGCCCUCAAAGGGAUUUCUGUCAGUAAUUUGACAGACAGCAUCAUUGUGUUACACGUCACUUGUGAAGACCCCAAAGAGAAGGGAGAUCUUGUACUGCAGUGCAGCCACUUGUAUGAGCUGGUGACCAAACUUGGUAUCAUUGCUGACAAACAGAAUGUGGUCAGGGUGGUUCAGGGGAGCAUCAAGAUAGAAUUUCAACCUGGGAAAGAGAGCGUCGUCGAAUUCAGCAUAGGGCCGGAGCCGAUGGUGUACAAGGCCAAGAAUGGACACCUCAUGGUGGUUGCCACUCGGGCUAGGCCGAGGUAA